CAUUUGUGUCAUCAAGUUUCAACCUUCACCUCUUUUCAAACUCUCUGAACCUCUGUAUCUAUCUCUCUCAGGCAGCAAUUCUCUCCAUUUGUUUAUUUAAAGCUUCAUCACUGCUACUACUAGUGAAGUAGCAGUUCUUUCAAUCAAUUUUCAGAGGAAAAACAAUGAAGAAAGUUAUAGUUUCUCUGGAUUUACAUGAUGACAGAUGCAAGCAAAAAGCCAUGAAAUCUGUUUCUGGCGUUUCAGGGGUUGAAUCAGUAUCAGUGGACAUGAAAGAAAAGAAGUUGACAGUAAUUGGAGAUGUCGAUCCAAUUGAUAUCGUUAGUAAACUCAGAAAACUCUGUCACACAACAAUUGUUUCAGUUGGACCAGCAAAAGAACCAGAGAAGAAGAAGGAAGAACCAAAGAAAACUCUUGAACAACAAACAGCUGAUCUUGCUGCUGCUGCUUAUAAAGCUUACAAUUGUCAAAUGGCAACACCUUAUUAUGAUCCUCGUAUGACUUCCCGCUACUAUGUUCAGAGCUGUGAAGAAAAUCCUAAUGCUUGUGUUAUUUGUUAGGAGGGUAGAAAAAGAUUGGAUUUUGAUGAGAAGAGAACCCAUUGAAUUAGGAUAAGAAUUAAACCCUUAAUUGGUUUCAUUUGUUGAUUCAAAAAUCUUGGGUUUGUAUAGAUUUUAUUUUUACUAUUAGUAUUAGUUUCAAUCCAAGGUGAUGUGUUGUAAUGUGGAAGUGAAAAACACAUAAACUUAUUUCAUUGUUUCACCGUGUUGAAUAGGAAAUUUCAUAAUGUUGAGAAAUUGAAUUGAAUUGCUUUGAAAUUGAAA